AAAACCAUGGCAAGAUGAAAUGCAGUCUAUCGAGCUCUCAUUCUGUUUUUCAAACUGAAUUGAAGAUUGCAUUGCCACUUUGCAUACUGAAUUGGCAGGUGAAUAAAGAGGCCAACAAACUUCCAGACAUACAAAGGUUUGUUUUUCUUUGAGAAAGACAGAAAGAAAGACGUCUGGGGACGUCACGUGUUUCUGUCUGCGGGGGGAGACGCUGCAGGCGUCCUGUGGGGGGCAGCAACACGCCUAUCUGCAUGCCAACUACCGGAGCGUGCAUUAGAAGAAGAAGAAGAAGAAGAAGGAGAAGGAGGGCAUCAUCCGUCUUCCAUCUUCUGGGAAGCCAUCAGCCGUCUGCUCGAACGCUACACGAGAAAAGCCCAAACGUCAGCCAUCAUGGGAGCCGUUCUGGGCCUGUGCUCCGUGGCGAGCUGGAUCCCGUGCCUGUGCGGCAGCGCCCCCUGCCUGCUGUGCCGAUGCUGCCCCAGUGGAAAUAACUCCACAGUGACUCGCCUCAUCUAUGCCUUCUUCCUGCUGCUGGGAGUGGGUGUUGCGUGCAUUAUGUUGAUGCCCGGCAUGGAGGGGCAGCUGAAGAAGAUUCCAGGUUUCUGCGAAGGAGGGAUGGGUUCGUCUAUUCCUGGCGUGGAGGGACACGUUAACUGUGACGUGCUGGUUGGCUACAAGGCUGUGUACCGCAUUUGCUUUGGCAUGGCCAUGUUCUUCUUGCUCUUCUCUCUGCUCAUGGUGAAAGUGAAGAGCAGCCAGGACCCCCGAGCCGCGCUGCACAACGGGUUUUGGUUCUUUAAGUUUGCUGCAGCUGCUGCCAUCACUAUUGGAUCCUUCUUCAUCUCAGAGGGCCCCUUCACUACUGUGUGGUUCUAUGUCGGCAUGGCUGGAGCCUUCUGCUUCAUCCUCAUCCAGCUGGUCUUACUCAUCGACUUCGCCCAUUCCUGGAAUGAAUCCUGGGUGGAGAAGAUGGAAGAGGGCAACUCUCGCUGCUGGUAUGCAGCUCUGCUGUCCGUCACCGCAGUCAACUACUUAUUGUCUCUGGUGUCUCUGGUCAUGUUCUACGUCUACUACACCCACUCUGAUGGCUGCACUGAGAACAAGGCCUUCAUCAGCAUCAACAUGCUCCUCUGCAUCGCUGCCUCCGUCAUGUCCAUCCUGCCUCAGAUCCAGGAGUCACAGCCCAGGUCCGGCCUGCUGCAGUCCUCCCUGGUCACCCUGUACACCAUGUACCUGACCUGGUCUGCCAUGACCAAUGAGCCUGACAGGAAAUGUAACCCGAGCCUUCUGGGUAUUAUCGGGCUGAACAGCACCAGUCCUGCAGGUCCGGACCAUGUGGUUCAGUGGUGGGAUGCCCAGGGGAUUGUGGGACUGAUCCUUUUCCUCAUGUGUGUCCUCUACUCCAGUAUUCGUAAUUCGUCCAACGCCCAGGUGAACAAGCUGACUCUGACCAGCGACGAGUCGGCUCUGAUCGAGGACGGGCCUCAGACUGACGGCUUCGAGGAGGGCGGCGGUCUCAACAGAGCUGUGGACAAUGAGAAGGACGGCGUCACCUACUCGUACUCUUUCUUCCACUUCAUGCUGUUCCUGGCAUCUCUCUACAUCAUGAUGACGCUCACCAACUGGUACAGGUGGACUACCGUCACUCGAAUAUUCGUAUCACAUAUUCUUUGGAAUCCAGACCAAUACCUGCAGAGUAUUAAUCUGUCAGCUGAUGUGUUCCUCCAUCGUUCUCUCUGCAGCCCCGAAUCCAACUACGAGGCCAUGACCAGCAAGUGGCCGUCUGUGUGGGUGAAGAUCUCCUCCAGCUGGAUCUGCAUCGCCCUCUACGUGUGGACGCUGGUGGCUCCGCUGGUUCUGGUCAACAGAGACUUUGACUGAAACACACACUGUCCCGCAGCUCGUACACACAUUCAUGCUCUGCCUCACCUGUGUUUGUUUCCGCAAAGUCAGUAAAACAGUAGGUCGCCAACCCUGCAUCAGUUACCUCUGGGGGGGCCGGGGCUGCGCUCAGAUGGGCUGGACUGUUUAGUCUGGUGGCUGUGGCUCGUCUGUAGGCUGCUGCAGCCCAGUCUCCUCUGGUGUAUCGCCGUGUGAAUCCUCAGCAGCCUGUUGCAGUGGUUCCCCAUGCUGUUGCCAUUGUAAAUAUAUCCUGUGUGUUCCCAGUGGAUGAUUUGUUUUCUUUCUAUAAAGACAGAGCUGCAUGCUUUUCCUUUUUAAAACGUGACGUGACAUUAACAGUAGCUGUAUCUGAAGCUUCCCCCCUGCGGGCAGCAGCAGUUGAGCUGUGACUGUAGUAUUACAUUUGGAAAUGCUGCUACGUGUAAAAGAAGGGAGAAAGUGCUUUGCUGCUGCUGUUGUCGGAUGGACUGGAGUUGUGUAUGAGCAGGACUGCAGCUGUGGCACUGAGAGAUGAGAGCGACUCAUUGUAGUUCACUAACUAGUACUAGUAUCACCAGGCAUGAGCGGUGCUGCGUAGCUGUGUGUGUGUGUGUGUGUGUGUGUGUGUGUGUGAUUCUAGUUAUCCGCUAUCAUGUGUUAAAGCUCCACCAGCUGUGUGUUCACUCUGCAGCUUGCACACUCCUCAGCACAUACACAACAAGGCAUUCCUGUUUUUGUUGCUUCUGAGUUGCAUUGAAUUUUGACUUUAAAUGUAAAAUUGAAAUUGAUUGAUUGUUUGAAAACUUCUAGAUAAGUUAUUUGGUAGUGUUUAGCAUUAGCAUGGAGUUUCUCACAGCCUUGGCAGACAUAUUGUGGCUAUACAUCUGUUUGAUUGUCUCACCUGUGCUUUUAUCCUAAUGAUAUAUUGUAACUCGUUUAAUAAAACUGAUGAAAACGAA